UUUUUUAAUUUGGAAACAACUUGUCGAUUUGAUCCACAAUUACAUAAACAAAAAAGGCUUUUUUAGAUUCGAAAUGUUGUCAUCUCUUGUUAAGGAUCAUCAGGCGAAGCAAGCUGCAAAAAGAGAAGAAUUGGAGAAUAAUCGAAAGGAGGCAAUUGCAGCAUCCAGUGAAUUAACACAAGCACUCGUUGAUCACUUGAAUGUUGGUGUGGCUCAAGCAUAUUUAAAUCAAAAACGAUUGGACGCUGAAGCAAAACAAUUGCACACAAGUGCAAUAAAUUUCGCAAAACAAACGCAACAAUGGAUGGGCCUAAUUGAAGGAUUUAGCAGCGCACUUAAGGAAAUUGGUGAUGUAGAGAACUGGGCACAUAGCAUCGAAAAUGAUAUGGUUUCAAUUAAUGAGACUCUGAAUUUAGCCUAUAAAAAGAGCCGUGAUAGUACAACACAAUAGGCCAUACAGAUAUAUUUUUUAUUCUAUGAUAACAUUGACAGUGUUGUUACCAUGAAAGCAUAAAAAUAAAACUCUUUUCAAUAAAGUACUGAAUACUGAAAAAUUGAUUUUCUAAACUCGUUUAUGAUGACAUUCGUCAACAAAACAAUCAA